GAGGGGCAACCUCUUUGGGACUAACUCAUGAAGAACAAGGGUGCCAAGCAGAAGCUGAAACGAAAGGGAGCCGCCAGUGCCUUUGGCUGUGACCUGACCGAGUAUCUGGAAAGCUCAGGACAGGAUGUUCCAUAUGUAUUGAAGAGCUGUGCAGAAUUUAUAGAGACUCAUGGCAUUGUGGAUGGAAUUUAUCGGCUUUCAGGAGUCACCUCAAAUAUACAAAAGCUAAGGCAAGAGUUUGGCUCAGAUCAAUGUCCAGAUCUGACAAGGGAAGUGUACCUCCAGGACAUCCACUGUGUGGGCUCACUUUGCAAGCUCUACUUUAGGGAGCUGCCCAACCCCCUCCUGACUUAUGAGCUCUAUGAGAAAUUCACGGAGGCAGUGUCGCAUUGCCCGGAAGAAGGCCAACUGGCCCGCAUCCAGAAUGUUAUCCAGGAGCUUCCCCCAUCCCAUUACAGGACCUUGGAAUACCUGAUUCGACACCUGGCCCACAUUGCCUCCUUCAGCAGCAAGACCAACAUGCAUGCCAGGAACCUGGCCUUGGUGUGGGCGCCAAACCUGCUCAGAUCCAAAGAAAUAGAAGCCACUGGGUGCAAUGGAGACGCGGCUUUCCUUGCAGUUCGGGUCCAGCAGGUGGUGAUUGAGUUCAUACUGAAUCAUGUGGAUCAAAUCUUUAACAACGGCACACCUGGGGCUUUGGAGAACAAUGAAAACCCACCCAUCACCAAGAGCCUGACCUUGCCAGCCCUCUCCUUGCCCAUGAAGCUGGUGAGCCUAGAGGAAGCUCAGGCCCGGAGCCUGGCUACUAACCAUCCUGCUCGGAAGGAAAGGAGGGAGAACAGCUUGCCUGAAAUUGUCCCUCCCAUGGGCACCCUCUUCCACACUGUUCUUGAGUUACCAGACAACAAAAGAAAGCUCUCCAGUAAAUCGAAGAAGUGGAAAUCAAUAUUUAACCUGGGACGUUCUGGAUCAGACUCCAAAUCAAAGCUGAGUAGAAACGGGAGUGUAUUUGUGAGAGGACAGAGGCUCUCAGUGGAAAAGGCUACUAUCCGACCGGCUAAAAGCAUGGACUCACUGUGCUCAGUGCCUGUGGAAGGGAAAGAAACCAAAGGAAAUUUUAAUCGAACAGUCACCACUGGUGGAUUCUUCAUCCCAGCGGCAAAAUUGCAUUCGACCAACACUGGCAGCUCAUGUGACCUCAGCAAGCAGGAGGGCGAAUGGGGCCAGGAGGGGAUGCCGGCGGGGGCGGAGGGGGGCUUCGACACGAGCAGUGACCGAAGCCAACUUCAGGGCGCCCAGGCCCGGCCCCCACCUGAGCAGCUGAAGGUGUUCCGGCCGCUCGAGGAUCCGGAGAGCGAGCAAACAGCCCCGAAGAUGCUGGGUAUGUUCUACACCUCGAACGACAGCCCCAGCAAAUCUGUCUUUACCAGCAGUCUCUUCCAGAUGGAGCCCUCUCCCCGCCACCAGCGCAAGGCCCUGAACAUCUCCGAGCCCUUUGCCGUGUCAGUGCCGCUGCGCGUGUCAGCUGUCAUCAGCACCAACAGCACCCCGUGCAGAACACCCCCAAAGGAGCUCCAGUCGCUUUCCAGCCUGGAGGAGUUUUCUUUCCAGGGGUCAGAGAGUGGAGGUUGGCCCGAAGACGACAAGCCGCUGGGAGCUGAGUCCUCUACAGCUUCCAUACCUAAGAAGGUGGUUCUCGAGGAUGCCAAGCCAGGACCAGAGGCAGUGAGGACGGUGGAAUGCAACAAAGACCUCUCCCUGGAGUCAGGCCCCCAACAGGAGGAAAAGAAGGCCUUGGAAACCUCCCCGGGUUCUCAACAUUCAAGUGAAUUAGAGAAGAGGCUGGACCCGGAGAAAGCAGAGGAGGAGAGUCGAGAGGCUGGCCAGGUGGAGCCCAGCACUCUGCAGAAGAGCCCCAGUGUCCAAGCGGGGCUUCUCCAUGACAUGGAUGAAGAUGAUCUGGCCAAUGCCCUGAUCUGGCCCGAGAUUCAACAGGAGCUGAAGAUCAUCGAAUCUGAGGAGGAGCUCUCCUCAUUGCCACCACCUUCUCUAAAGGUCAGCCCCACUCAGCCAAUUCUGGAGUCCAGUCCAGGGCCUUUCGCUUCCCGGGAGCCUCCUGGGAGCUGGUCUUGCGGCCCAACACCAGGCUCCACCCCUGCGGAGGAGGGGACUACGGAUCUAACCAAUCAGAGUGCAGAGGGGACUUCCCCAGCAGCCAAUAGAGAAAAGCCGGAGACAAUGAGCAUCCUUCAGAGACCCGAGCCCGAGAAGCGUCCGGACCCCACCAGCUUGGCUCCUCUGGAAAUUGUUCCAUUUGAGACAGCUUCUGCACAAGCAGAGGUGGGCCAGGAAGGCCCAGGAAAUCUGUCCCCUCUUCUCCCGCCUGCUGCCCCUCCUCCAACUCCCCUGGAGGAGGCACCUCGAGUCCAGCUUUCAAAGGGCAGUCCUGAGAGAGACGACUCGUCUAGGAAUUUGAGUACAAAUCCAUACACAGACCAGCUGAAGUCCAAGUCCAGCCUGUGUCAGGAGGAGGAGGAGGCCUCUCUAGGACAAAGUGAAGAGCAAAAUUCAAAGAAUGCUGCUCCUGAGGGAAAGGUCUCUGGUUUUCAAAGCCCAACAAGAGAGGUUGAGAUCUCCCCACAAGGAGAGGGGGAUGUAGCCCAUUCAGUGCAGGAGCCCUCAGACUGUGAUGAAGACGAAACUGUGACAGACAUUGCCCAGCAGGGCCUGGAGAUGGUGGAGCCCUGGGAGGAGCCCCAGUGGGUAACGAGUCCCCUUCACUCUCCCACCCUGAAAGAUGUGCAAGAGGCCCAGGUGCAGGGCCCCCAGGGCCACCGACUGGAGAAGAGGCUCCCCCACAGGCCCAGCCUUCGUCAGAGCCGUUCUCUAGAUAGCAAAACCACCACGGUUAAGAGCCAGUGGACUCUUGAGGCUCCCUCCUCCAGCAGCUGUGCUAACCUUGAAGCAGAGAGGAAUUCCGACCCUCUGCAGCCCCUGGCACCCAGGAGAGAGAUUACUGGAUGGGAUGAGAAAACCCUGAGGUCCUUCAGAGAGUUCUCUGGCCCAGAAGGGACAGAGGCUUUUCCCAGCCAGAAGGGAUCAGGUGGUUUGCAGCCCAAAUCAACAGAAAUCAGCCCUGUCAGACUAGCAGAGGGAAAGGAACUGGGGACACACCAAGGGCACAGCAGCCCUCAGAUUGAGCAAGGUAGUGUUCCUGGGCCAGACAAUAGCAAGGAGAGUUCACCUCGUGUGCAAGACAGCACCUCAUGUGGAGAGCAUCCCCCAAAGUUACAGCUGAAGAGCCCUGAGUGUGGGCCUCCAAAAGGGAAAAACAGGCCUUCUUCCCUCAAUUUGGACUCUGCCAUUACCAUCACUGACCUCUUCCGGUUUGACAAUGUGGCCUCAUUUGGUUCACCUGGAACGCAGCUCUCUGAGCCAGGAGACACAAAAGUCACAUGGAUGACCUCAUCCCACUGUAAAGGAGACCCGUGGAGCAUUUGCUCCCAGGACCCGCAGGACCUGGACAUUGUUGCUCAUACCCUGACAGGCCGCCGUAACUCAGCUCCUGUGAGUGUGUCAGCUGUGAGAACCUCCUUCAUGGUCAAAAUGUGCCAGGCUAGGGCGGUCCCGGUCAUUCCACCCAAGAUUCAGUACACACAGAUCCCACAGCCCCUGCCCUCUCAGAGUUCGGGGGAUAGUGGAGUCCAGCCUCUGGAGAGGAGCCAAGAGGAACCCAGCUCAACUGGUGGGACCUCACAGAAAUCUGCCAGAGGUGAUUCUCUCUCCUUGGAAAGCCCCAAAGAAGAGAAACCAAAGCAAGAUACAGGAGCCAUUGAGUCCUUGCCAGUGGAUACCACUACAUCCCACAUGUGUGAGGGACCUGCCCUUCCUCCAGAACCAGUCUUGGCUAACCUGCUCUCCACCCAGGAUGCAACAGUGCAAUGCAGAAAGCGCACAUCAGAGACAGAGCCAUCCGGAGACAACGUUCUUUCUUCAAAAAUGGAGCGACCAUCAGGGGGUUCUAAACCUUUCCACAGGUCAAGGCCAGGAAGACCUCAGAGCCUAAUCUUAUUCAGUCCUCCUUUCCCCAUUAUGGACCACCCACCCCCUUCAUCCACAGUGACAGAUUCCAAGGUUCUCCUGUCCCCUAUCAGAAGUCCCACCCAGACAGUUUCCCCUGGCCUUCUUUGUGGGGAUUUGGCAGAAAACACGUGGGUCACACCAGAAGGGGUUACGCUUAGGAAUAAAAUGACCAUCCCUAAGAAUGGCCAAAGACUAGAGACUUCAACCAGCUGUUUUUACCAGCCCCAGCGCAGAUCAGUGAUUCUGGAUGGAAGAAGUGGGAGGCAAAUAGAAUGACAUCAGUUCACCUGCUGGUGUCAGGAAAAAAAAAAAAGUGUCCUGAUUCAUCAUCUGGAAGUUAUUACAGGGCUGACUUGCCAUUAUUCCAGGCAUAGGUUAUCCAAGUUUGGGCUUAUUUUGGCCUCUUUUCUUUCUUCAGCUUUUUGACCAUUUAUUAAUUAGUCCAUUUGCCAGAAGAGAGGUCAAGGGAAGGAUCAAGAGAUGAAAUUUAGAUAAGUCCAUAACAGCAGGUGGGAAAAGGUCAGGUAAGGGAAGAAGCUGAAAUGCCUGCUUCCAGUGAGAUUUGGGGUUGUUUGUGAGUUGCAUUUCUCCCACAUUGUCAUUAUCUAUUACUGUUGAGAGCUGGCUAAAAUAACGUCUUUUGAAAGAAAGAGAAAUCCUUUGCCUGUGCUGGAAAAUGUUGCUGUUGAGGUUUGAAGGCCUCCUUUUUACUUCACGCUUUUUAAUGCUCCUUAAAGCAUGUGUUCUUUUAGACCAGUUUUCCGAUAAGCUUUGUAAACAUAUACACUCCAGAACAGAAGCAGAUUUGGAAGUACAAACUAAUGUACACUUAAAGAUCCAAGUGGGUGAAGUUAGCCAUGCUCUUUCCCUGGAAUCUCUCUGCAGACCUGUCGGAGAUGGUUGUGCCUAUCAGCGUAGAGAAUCAGAAUCUAUACGCAAGAGCAAAU